AACACUAUACCCACAAAUCAACCUAAACUGAGGGAAAGGAUGAACAAUGUCACAGAAUUCAUCCUGCUGGGCCUCACCCAGAAUCCAGAACUGCAGAAAUUCCUAUUUGCUGUGUUUUCAGUCACCUACUUGAUCACACUGGCAGGUAACCUGUUCAUCGCAGUCACCAUCUUCGUCAGCCCCGCCCUGGGCUCUCCCGUGUACUUUUUCCUGUCCUAUCUGUCCAUUAUAGACGGUUUCUACUCUUCUUCCACAGUACCCAAAAUGAUCUUUGAGUUGGUCUCUGAGAAGAGCACCAUCUCCUUCAAUGGAUGCAUGACUCAGGUAUUUUUUGUACAUUUCUUUGCUGGAGCUGAGGUCAUAUUAUUGGUUGUCAUGGCCUAUGACCGCUAUGUGGCCAUCUGUAAGCCCCUGCACUAUCUGACCAUCAUGAGCCAACCUGUGUGUGCUUCCCUGGUGGGUGUGGCUGGGAUCAUCGGAUUUCUACAUGGAGGCAUCCAGAUUUUGUUUAUGGUCCAGUUACCAUACUGUGGCCCCAACAUCAUUGACCAUUUUGCAUGUGAUCUCAUGCCCCUCUUACAGCUGGCCUGCACUGAUACUCACACUUUGGGACCCCUGAUUGCUGUCAACAGUGGAGCAGUAUGUCUGCUCAGUUUCCCUAUGCUGGUAGCUUCCUAUGUCAUCAUCCUGCGCUCCGUGAGGGCUCAUAGCACUGUAGGACGUCAAAAAGCGCUGUCUACCUGUGCCUCUCAUAUCACUGUUGUCAUCUUAUUCUUUGUACCUUGUACUUACCUGUACCUGAGACCCAUGACCAUCUUCCCCACUGACAAAGCUGUGACUGUGUUUUGCUUCUUAGUAACUCCUUUGCUGAAUCCUUUAAUCUACACUUUCAGAAAUGCAGAAGUGAAAAAUGUUAUGAAGAAGCUCUGGUGCAAAUCAUGA